CCAUGUUGUCUUUGCCAUGCUUAAAGCUAAGGACAAAAAGAAUUUUUGUUGGCUUUUUAUUUGUUUUUUCCUAGGUAAGACUGAAUUUGGUAUGUAUAACGAUUUAAUUCAGAGAACAAACGAUUCUAUUUGAAUAAUUCAUGAGGCAUUAGUUACGAAGUUUCGAGUAUACAUGCGUAAGACCUUUUUAACUCAUCGCUGGUGGAUGCAGAGCUUACAUCCUUACGCGCAAGGAACCAUUCCAUACCCGUUCUUGUCAUUUCCUAUCCCGUUCCUAAUUCUUUUAUCCGCUCAUAAUUCAUUCAAUGUCAUCACACCUCCUUGACAUCCAUGCACUGUUUAAAAUCCUGGCUCAUUUCUUCCAGACUGAUUACAUGGAAGGUCUAGUGUAAACGGAAUUUCCUAUUUGCUUAUGAUUUUUUCAGUCCAUCAAUGCUCUGCUUCCAUCAAGAAGUGGCUUCCAAAUACUAAUUUCAACAACCCAGCUAACUGGGAUAAAAGGAGAGUACCAAGUGAUGGAGAAGAUGUAAAGCUAGACAAGGUGCUAAAUGUUUUAGUGAACUCCAUGUACUUAUCCAGCUAAAAUUUUCAUUUUAAACCCCUUUUUCAUAAGAACCUAUUUAGCCUAAAAUUUUCAAUAGUUUCAUGUUUUACGAAAAUGAAGGCACAGAUGAAAAUACAAAAAAAAAAGUUUAGUUUAGGUUCCAGUCAGUAAGAUUCAAAGAAUCAAGAAUGUAACACAGCAUUUUAUGGACACUGCAGAACCCAUUUAAGAACAUAAGUAGCCUAAAAUCCCACUAAAUACCAUUUCUGUAAGAACCUCUCUAGGCUAAAUUGCAAAAAUCUAGGUUCUUAUACGUGGGUUUUUACUGUAUUCAACUUUUUUCAAUUUUUCUACUUUAUUUCCACUUCAAGUCUUAUUUACUUUACAAGUUAGGUGAAAUUAGGGGAAAUAGGAAUAGGCAUUAUCUUCUAGAACUGAAAAAAUAGUUGUUUUUAAAUGUGAUAUUUAUUUUGGUCUUUCCAAUAUUGAUGUCCUCUUGACUUGCUACUGUUUUUGAAUACUUUUAUCAAAGGGGAACAAGCCACUGGCAGUAUCAUUAAGAAGAAGUCACUUUCUAAAAUCUCUGGUGAGCAAUAUUUGUGGAUCAUAAAUCAAUAAAAUUAAUUUUUUGGUCAAUAUGUUAUAUGGAGGCUGUCGUUUAAUUAUAUAGGAUAUACCUGUAGGUGCCUGUAUUGUAGAUCAAACUUAAAUACGGCUUAAAAUUUUUUAAGUAGGCUUAUUCUCACUUCUUUUUUAAUUCUUUCCUAUAUAGCCUUAAGGUAUUCCUGGAGGCUAUUUUGUGAAAUUUCCCCUAUAUCUGCCCGCAUCAAAUCUAAUGUAAUAAUCUCUCAGAAUUCAUCAAACUUUCACAUGUAAAACUUUAUUCCAUGCAACUUCUUCAAAAAUUAUGCUCAGCCUAGAAGAAUGACAGGAAAUUCAUGAAAUUUGAUAUUUUGAUAGGCAUGAUCAAAACCAUAAAUUUUACUAGUUUGAAAAUACACUCCAGAGAAUUUAUUCCACUUCCAACAGCUUUUGGCAACUGAUAGAUACAGUUAAAAGCAACAAUCGUACAGGAGUACGUCACAGGAGAAGCAAUUGGAAAAAAAAAAUGUCCCUUAGUAGAAGUUUGCAUUUCUAUAAAAUAUCUGAGAUCACUGCGACACGCAUUUUCAAAGGCUUUUGACGUACUCCCAUAAAAAUCUUCUGUAACCUUUGCAGUUUGUGUCUGCCAAGUUUCAAGUGAUUACGAUAAACAUGAAUAUUUAGGAGACAAAGGAAAUUGAGAAUCAAACCUAAAGUUAAAAAACUUAAACCUGAAUAAAAACUCAAUUUUGACCUGAUAACUUAAAAUUAUUAUGUAACUAUACACCAGGAAGAUGAGAGAUCAACUCACUGAGCAACUUAACUUCAGUUUAAGAAACAAUUUGAUGGUAAUUCAGGCUUAAAGAUCCUAAUUAACCCCAUCCAAAGCCUAAAUUCCAGGGCCCAGUUGUUUGAAUGCUGGUUACCGCUAACCGAGGCUUAGAUUUUAACCCGGGCUUCUUUUUCUUUUCAUCAAAGGUACUCUCUCGGAUUAUUUUCUAUAUUUUUUUAGAGUAUCCAGUCAUCAGAUUGUAGGCAAAGAGAAUUAAACUGAAAUUGUUUUUUAAGCUCUCAAAUCUGAGUUCAAAUUUCGUACUGACCCUGGGUUAUCUUAACCCACCUUUAAACAACCCGGCCCAGGUUUAAGUGUAAUCUGGGCCAGGUUGUUUGAAGCCAGGUUAAGAUAACCCAGGAUUAGUGUGAAAUUUGAACUCAGAUAUUACAGCUUAAAAAGCAAAUUCAGUUUAAUUCUCUCUGCCUACAUUUUGAUGACUGGCAUAGAUACUCUAGAAAGAGUAGAGAAAAUUAUGCGAGAGAGUGCUCUUGAUAAAAAGAAAAAGAAAGCGUGGUUAAAUUUAACCCCGGGUUAGCGCUAACCAGCGUUCGAACAACUGGGCCCUGAUGUGUUAACCACUAUACCACUUUGCUUUGGAUCACAUGAUCAAUCUCUCUGUCAAGAAGGGAUAGUGUAGAAACAAACAAUAAAAAGAAGACUAUUUUUGUUAUUACUGUACUGUUUCUAUAUAUUACCUCAUGAUUGUUGCAAUUUGUUUCAGAGUUUGCCCAUCAAUGGAGAAGUAAUAUUUUAUGAUGGUGCUGAAAUACAAUUUUGUGCCAGUGAAACAAAUUCCUGUAGUGGUGGGUGUGGAUUAUAGUUUUUGACGAAUAGGUCAUCAGGGUUGUCAAUGUGUGGAAAGUAUCUGAAGGCUGGCUGAAAUACUUAGUAGCUGAUUUUGCUAUUAUCCUUUAACCAUAACAACAAUAAGCUUUAUUUGCAUGACCAUAACAAAGUAUUACAGUAUUGCAAAAGCUACUUGAAAUUAAUCAUGGAUUCCAUGUAAAUUAAAUAUUCAAAAUAAUUUGAAACUUAUUAAUCAUUGUUUAUUUCUAACCAUCAGUAGGAUUAAUUAUAUAUUUCCGGAGAUAAGUUUGUCUCUCAGUUCAAAGCAAGUUGAUGUAAAUGAAAUUAAUUGAAUGUAAUAAAAUAGUCAGUAGAAAUCAUCAGAUGUGAUAAUAAGGACUCAUGUGAUUGUAGUCGUAGAAACAGUAUUUUAGGUUCUAGUUUAGAGAAGACCAUAUGUCUUAUCGAAGAAAAACUUGGACAAUCUAAUAAAAAGUAAGUUUCAUCUUCAAUUCUGUUACAAUUGCAGAGAAUAUUGCAUAACCUUUCGUCACAUGGUAUAUUGUCGUAUCUACCUGUCUCAAUCCUAAGAAUCAGAGGAAUACUAGACCAGGAGCCCUGAAUUUGUACUGCUGGCAAAAAAAAUGACUGAGUUAAAGAUAUUGGCUGCUGAUGACAGUUUUCACAUGGGUCCCCAGUUUCUUUUACUGCAGUUAUUAAUAUAGGAAAUACACCAAUCUGAAAUUUGUUUUAUUUCUUAAGUAUCUGAAUUCACGAAGGACACAUUAGAAUUGUUUGUUUGGUUGUUUUUUUUUUGUUCAAGACUCAGGAGAUAUUCAUUUUCUGGCCUCUGUUCAAGAUUGGUACAAUCCUUACAACUGGCAGGAUAUUGCAUCAUUAGCUUCUAGCAUCAUCCUUCACACAGAUAACGUGCCUUGUGUUCAUGACACUGCUGUCUUUCCACAGGUAAUUAUAAUUAAAGCACUAAGCCAUCUCACUUUGUCCAUUCAAUGUGUGAAUUUUGGAUAUCCAUACCACAGUUUUCUUGGAAGCAUAAUUUGUACAGUAUGGAAAAAGGCAACUCUCCCUUUGUUUUACUAGCAAAUGUGCAUUGCACGGUGAAUGAAAAAUUAAACAUGUUGACCUAACGUCACUUUUUGUGAGGCUGAAUCGCCAUUUAAUUUAACCUGAAGAUUUGAAAAUUAUCAUGUUGAUAUUUUUCUAAUCAAAGUACAUCCAGUACAAUUGCAUGCAUGCUAUAUCCAAUCCCUCACUUUUAUUUAAAGCCCCUCAUCCCCCAAUGUUUAUCCAUCAAUCAAAUUAGCUUAAAAUGAAUUAAUCGUUGCCGCUAACAAGGUGAAUGUAUGAGAUUGACAGUAGGUUGAAUUGAUGCAACAACAACACGGUGCCAGUCAUCCAGACCCUUAGAAAAGGGGGCCCGGGUCUCCGAAAAAACUUUUUUCGGUCCUGGUUUAAAAAUAAGCGGGGAGGGGGGCAGCGUCCCCCAGGCCCCUCCCCUGAAUCCGCCACUGCAACAACAAGUUUAUUCUGAUCAGUAUUACCAUUUCUAUACAUGGUGUUACCGACUGAAAUACAAAUAAUUAACAGAUAGAGUUAAAGAAAUACAAAUAAUGGUAUAAUUAAGUAUUAUUAAGUUUCUUUCAUCUUUCAAAUGCUUGAAAAACGAAAUUAGCAGUUAGCGUGUUGAUAGUAAGUGAAUCAGUAUUGUGAUGAAAAGAAAACAGACUUUAUCGUGGUUAUUGUAAUUUGUUUUAAAAUAAUAAAAAUAAUGUAUUUCAUGCUAUUGGUAAUAUGUUUUUAUAAGAUCCUUUUCUCCCCUCAGAAAUUUCCAAUGACUCUCAUCUAUGGGUUGGGUAUGGAUGUUAUUUAAGUCCUUUAGGCUACUGGUUCAUUCAUGAACUGUGUCUCAUUUUGUUCUUCAACAGGGCAGUUCAUUUCUAGUCAGUUCCAGUAUUCCUGUCAAAGUUGCUGCUGUUGAAUUGUUUGGUCAGGUACACUCUCAUUGCUUUAUCAGAUGAGUUUGAGACAUUAAUGUGGCAUCAGGUGUAGUGUUUUGAGCAAAAUAGGGUAUUAACCUGUAAAUCCAUAAGUCCCCUAGUUUUCAGGUUAAGCCUGUGCCAGGCUCUCAGUUUGUAGGGAUGAGCAAAAAGAAAAAGCAAAAGUGGGGCUGUGGUCUAGGUUUUUCCCACCAGGUAUUUUCGUAAUUUUUCGAUUCAUGCUUGCUUGCUUGGGCCUAGGCAUGUCAUAUUCUAACUAAUUUUCAUUCUACAAAAAAAAGCUGGGAGGGCUCCGUGGGCAAGGAAAAUUUGAGAACUUGUGUUUUUUUUUUAAAAUCCUGCUGUUGAAAUCCAACUUUGAUGUAUUCGUGGCAAAUUUUCUCUACAUUGGUUAUGCUCCAGUUAGAUAUUUGAUUUGGCAUCACAUACAAACAUUUUUAACUUAAAAGUUUUUACAGUCAUGUCCUGCAUUAACACUGAUGGUGCACAAGAUACUGGAUAUUGGAUUACAGUCACCGGAGACAACUUCCCAAAACUUUCGGUUGCCUUAUAUUUUCUGCAAAGUUGACCUGUAUAUAGUGGUUACCCUGUGUAUAACGGUCACCUUGCCAUUUCCCAAGGGUGACCAUUGUACACAGGUUUGUACUGUACUUAUUUCCCAUUAACACAUUUGUCAAUUAACACUAAAUAUUUAUUGGUAGAGGCAAAGCUCGAAGAGUUUCAAGGAUUUUUAUUCCGGUGAAUCAGGAAGGUUACAGUUUAACUUGAGUGAGUCAGCUGAUAUCACAGCUGUGGAAUGUAUUGAUUCCACAGGCUGCCCAUGUGGAACCUGGAAGGUAAUGUCAGGCACUCUGCAGCUCACUUUAUGCUUAUCCCCUGUAAGGAGAGGAACAUCGACAGGACUAUUGAUAGCGACAGAAAUCAAGCUUACAAUCAUGGACAAAAGUCCUAAUGGGAUAGUAAUGCAGUAUUCAUAUUGUUCUGUAAUUUCUUGGUUCCCUCGUAAAACAGUGCAUCCUUUUCGAAAUUUUCUUGCAGUUCUUCCUCCCCCUAUACAAAGUUAAAACUCGAAAAAAAUUUUUGGUGCUCGCAUCCAACGUUGUUUGUGGGGUAAGGGGAGGGGCUGGACCUGUGUGAAGUGGAAAAUGCCCCAGAAAUGCAAAAGUGUCUCAAGACUUUUACCAAUGAUUGUAGUAAAGAUUGCAGACUAAAAGUGAGAACCAGUGCAGCAUGCUGGGCAAAACAUUACGAAUCAUUUCUUGAGAAAUUAGAUUCCCUCGGCCUAGAAUAUUAUCUGCUAGGUGAUUUAAACUGUAACCUGGCCUCUGCACAAUAUGAUUUAAAUACUCGACGCUUAUGUGAAAUUUCUGAUUUAUUUGGGCUUCAACAGCUUAUAACUGAACCUACUCGCAUAACGGAAUCCUCUUCAACAUUAAUUGAUUUAAUUUAUACAAACUAUACUGACAGGGUAGUCUGUUCCGGAGUCUCUCAUAUUGGUAUCAGCGAUCAUAGCCUUAUUUACGUUUAUAGGAAAUUAUCUCUCACUUUUCCUUCAAAAGGGCACUCAACCAUUUCUUAUAGAAAUUUCCAAAAUUUUAAUAGAGAGAGUUUUCGUAACGAUAUCGCUCAGCAAGACUGGUCCUGUAAUGUUUCUGAAGAUCCAAAUGUUUUGUGGUCUGACUGGAAAACGAAGUUUUUGGAUAUUGUUAAUAUUCAUGCGCCACUCCGAACUAGACGUACUAGAACAAAUAAAGCACCCUGGAUCAAUUCAGAAUUAAAGAAAGGCAUGCGUGAUCGUGAUGCUGCCAAAAGAAAAGCAAUUACAUCGAAUGAUCCACACGAUUGGAAAAGGUACAAAGAGUUGCGAAAUAUAAUAAACAAUGACAUCAAAAUUUCUAAAGCAUCUUAUUAUUCUAAUGCAUUUAUUCAAUCUAAGGGUAAUCCUCGAAAAACGUGGCAAACCUUUAAUGAGCUUACAUCCCGUCGUGUGAAUAAUACAACGGUGAAAGAACUGAAAUUGAAUGAUACCAGUAUCUCUAAUUCUAGUGAGCUUUCUGAUGCUUUUAAUGACCAUUUUUCAACAAUUGGGCCCAGACUUGCUAAUGAAAUACCUCUAACUGCUGAAAAUAAUUCAAGUUAUAUCAAUAAUAUAAAGGUAAAUAACAACAAUUUCAGCUUCUCCUCGACUAACUGCAGCAUUGUUUUCUCACAUCUAAACAAAUUAUGUAGAUCUAAAGCAACUGGUCUUGAUAAUAUUUCUGCUAAAAUUGUACGUGAAUGUGCUGAUCUUAUUUCAGUUUCACUAUGUGAUCUCUUUAAUAAAUCUUUAGUCUCUGGUAUAUUUCCUGAUGAUUGAAAUGUGCUAGAGUUACUCCGUUGUUCAAGGAAGGUGAGCCAUCUGAUCUGAAUAAUUAUCGACCUAUUUCAGUCAUUUCCGUUAUAGCUAAAGUGUUUGAAAGGAUUGUUUAUGAUCAGUUGUAUAACUUUUUGACCAAUGAAGAUAUCAUUUCUAAUCAUCAAUCGGGUUUUCGCUCGUUACACUCAACUGCAACUGCCCUUCUGGAAGCUACGGAUAAUUGGGCCUUUAAUAUUGAUCGUGGCAAUGUUAAUGCUGUGGUUUUCCUCGAUUUAAAAAGGCUUUUCGACACCGUUGACCACGAUAUCCUUCUAGCUAAAAUGAACCUUUACGGAAUACAAGGUACAGCUCUUGAUUGGUUUAGGUCGUAUUUAACUAAUCGUACACAACGAUGUCUUGUUAACGGUUCUCUUUCUAGAAUCUGCUCUCUUAAAUGUGGGGUACCGCAAGGAACAAUCCUUGGCCCCCUUUUAUUUCUUAUUUAUAUUAAUGACUUGCCUAACUGCCUUACUUCGUGCCAGCCUAGAAUGUAUGCCGAUGACACCCACAUUACUUAUGCUGGCGUUGAUGUGAAUUCAAUACAGUUAACUCUGAGUCACGAUUUAGAUAACCUAAACAAAUGGCUUAUUUCCAAUAAACUUACUUUGAACACUUCUAAAACUGAAUUUAUGCUAAUUGGCUCCAGACAAAAAUUGAGUACUUUGUCGAACCCACUUGAGCUCUCGAUUAAUAAUGUUCCGAUAGAACACGUUUCCUCUGUCAAAUCGCUUGGAAUAUUUAUUGAUGAAAAUCUACGGUGGCAAACACACAUUGAUAAAUUAUCUAAAAAGGUCGCUUCCGGAAUUGGAGCAAUAAAAAGAAUUAGACCUUUUGUCCCUCCACCUACCCUUCACUAUAUAUACAACUCACUAAUUCAAUCUCAUUUCGAUUAUUGCAAUCUUGUCUGGGGUAAUUGUGGUAAAACAUUAUUUGACAGGCUACAGAAGCUUCAGAACCGUGCCGCUCGCGUUUUAACCUUCUCUAGCUAUGAUGCUGAUGCUAACCGUUUGAUUAGACAACUCGAUUGGAAAGACUUGAGCACUCAAUUUCAAAUACAGAAAUCCAUAAUGGUAUACAAGUCUUUAAAUGGCCUUGUUCCUGAAUAUUUAUCAUCUAAGUUUGUUAAACGAAAUGAAACGCGUUACUCCCUGAGGGACUCUGUUAACAAACUAUUUGUCCCAUUUCCGCGAACUAAUUUCAUGAAAAACAGCUUUACUUAUAGCGGAGCAGUUCUCUGGAACAGCCUACCCUGUCAUGUGAGAGAAGCCGAAUCUCUUAGUCAAUUUAAAAGAUUAGUUAAUGUUCAUUUUUAAUGUUAUACACGGCAUUCAUGAAAAACAGGUUUUAGUUAGAUUAGUUGUAGUCAGGUUUUGAAUUUUGUUUAGGAUAGUUAGGUUAUUUUUAAUUUUUUUAAAUUCCUGAUGGAUUUUACCGUGUUUAAAUAAAGAUUGACUUGACUUGACUUUAACCUAGCCUCAUGCGAGCAUUAGCCAUUCAUUUUGAAUGUCAAGAGAAUGCAUAAGCCCACUUCUCAGUUGCAUCCCCUUUCACGUGACUUCGCUCAAAAUCCUUAAAAUAGAGAGCUGCUUUCCCAUAAGCUAAACAGCAUCAUUAAAGGAAUGUACUGCUUAGUAGCUUUUGAUUUAUUGGUGAACGGUUCACACCAUCCAUUUACAGACUCCAAAGGUUACUGGGAGAACCGAUCGUUAUUCUUGUACAGCACAAAAAAACAGUAUUAACCCUGUAAGUCCCAGUAGUGACCAAGAUCAAUUUUCUCCCAACAAUAUCCAUACAUUGUCAACAGAUAAGUUUUGAGAAUUAAUAAAAUGAUCACCUAAGUAAAAAUGCCUUGAUCUUUUAACAAAUUCUCUUAACUCAUUCUUUAAGGAAAUUUAUAGAGAUCAGUUUGGAGAAUUUGUAUGUAGAUACUGGGGCUUAAAGGGUUAAAAGUAAACAAGUACUGCUCAGUGGCUUAUUGUUGCAAGUUUGGGGUUCAUAGAAAGAAUAUGACUUUAAGUAAUGACUCUGACAAAUUAACUUUUUAUAAUAGUAAUUAUGAUUAUGUUAUUUUCAGUUUGCGGAAAAUAUAUGCAGCCAUGUUAAGUGUAAGGACCCACGAUGUGCAAAGCCUUUUAAACCUGAAGGAAGCUGCUGUGAUAUUUGUGGUAAGAACAAUAGUUAUUUUUUCUGUUUCUAACAGUUACGUUUACUUAAAUACGGUUUACUACCGGUGAACAUGUGUCACCUGCACCUCUAGCAUCUGGACCUACCCUUUCAUGAUGAAGUCUUCCAAGAUAGUUAUAACUUUUUAGACUGCAUUUGGAUGAAAUCAUGGGGUGUGACCACUCAUACAAAUAAAACCUCUUUGGUAGUACAUUCACAUACUUCUAAAGUGUUAUUUUGGAAUGUAUUGCUGAUAAACUACCAUUAAAGUAGAUUUGCGUUUCAUCAUUAUACAAAAUGAAAUUAAGAUUUUUUUUCUUUUUACUUUGGUUAUUUCCGGGAGUAACUUGAAAUGGCGACAAAAGUAGACAAAAAAGUUAGAUUUUCCAGUCAAAGUACUAGCGUAUUAAACAUGAGAAAUUGCAGUGUUUUCGUGAAUAUCAAGACACAGAGAAUAUUUUGUACAUAUUUUGUAGUGAUUGCCAUAUUCACAUAAUUACCGCACUUUUUACAUUGAUGUAGAAGUGCAUUGUACUCUGAUUGAAAUAGGCCUUACUAUUACUGCAGGUACUUUGCUAAAAUUGAGUUUAAGGCAAGAUUUCAACAUGGCGUCUUACAGAGAUCUGCUGAUGAAUGUCUCUCAGAAAGUAAGAUACAUCGAUGUAUUGUACGCACUUUUAACAUGGUUGAGCAUAAACGCCCGGGUGAACGUAGUCGUGAAUAGGACUGUUGUCAAUAGUUUCUGACGUUUCAACAACCUGUGCGGUAGUCAUCUUCAGAGUCAAAUUGAGUUGUAUCAUGUCAGUUGAUGGUAUUUGACUCUGGUUAUUGACCUGAUUGGUAAAUUAAGUCACGAUGUUAUUGGUUGCGUGUCAGAUAAGCUCAGUUAAGCUGUGAUGUUAUUGACUAUGAAGAAUCGAAAUGUCGUUGGUGCUCUCCUAUAGUUUAUGUUCAGUCUGGUCAUUUGUCAGGUCAUCUUCCUUUUUUGCUCUGUCGUCAUUUGGCACCCAUACGUUAUUUGAUAUUCAAUAUUUAAGGGCUAAUAAGGUCUGAUGUAGUGAUUUAUCUUGUACUUUACAGGGAUAUGAGGGCGUUACUAUUGCUACUUCUAAAACAGAAGCUAGAUUUGUGCAGGUGGUCUUAACAGAUCAGGAAAAUGGUAUGAAACUUGGUCUUAUGGUUCAUGAUACGAUGUUUCCCGCCUUUGUGUCUUUACAGAUGAUAUUCUUACUGAGCAGGAAUAUGUGAAGUUUAUGUACCGUAAAUAAUGUAUCCUCGCUGCUGACCUUUGCUUCAGGGUUUGUUAAAUGGUGACCGACUGUUUUUCGCUUUCUCGUCGAUUCGCUAACUCGUUUACUUUCGUUAACGAAACGAAACGGGCGCUAUACAAUGCAUAUACCUCAUUAUAUUCUUUCAGCCGCGCCACGAUCAAGUCCCAUACACGUAUUUAUACCCCGUUCUUUAAACCACUGAUAAGACGAAAGAAGUUAGGGAACUGACCUAACCUUUUGCGAAAAGACUUAGGACGUUAGCAAACCGCCAAGAAGUUGGGGAAAAGGCCGUAAAUGGCAUGAAUACUUUAAAUAUGAUAAUUGUGGUGCUUGUCUGGCACAGUCAAACCUCCUUGAGAUAUCUGGCAGGCCUCUGUAUACUAUUUAGAUUGGUGAUGUGCUGCUAUGAUUGAUUACAUUUUGGAAGCCUGUUUGAAGCGGUUUUUUAACACCAUCCUAAACUGCUAUACUUCUCCUAUCUCAGUUUCAAAAGCCACUUCUAAACUUUUUUUCUGAUAACUUUGUUUUCACGUGUGCGACAAUUAUCCUCAAUAUCUAACACAUAUGUAUAAAACCUGUAAGUACAUUGCUCACAUGAAAAAGAAACGUUUAAACAAGACACACUAUCGCCUUUGAAGUAUUAAGUUCGUGAUAUAUAACAGUGUUAUAUGUCCAUGUAUGGACGCCAACAGUGGAAUUUACCCUUGAUUAAUUCUUCGGUAAUAUCACUUAGAAUUCUUCUGUAUGACUGAUAGGCCUCAAUUUAUCAUCAUGAUAAACCCUUUGGUGAGAAUUGUACGAUAAGAUGUUUUUGUUCUCGCUUUAUUUAUUUGUUUUGUAAAGGAAUGAAAGCCCAGAUUGCAAGUGAACACUUGAGGGAUUUGUUGACCUCAGGUAAAGUUUUAAACAUUGGAUACGGCAAGGUGUGCAAUUCGGAAUUAAUCGCUCUCUAACUUUGCUUAAAUUUCAAACUAUACAGCGGUAAAUAUCCCACUUAUAAUACAGUACCUUAGGAUAGUUAUACUGUUCACAGGCUCUCUAUUUUCCCGAGGCAUAUCAGAAGGAAAGCAUUUAAACAGCGAGAGAAGCGAUUGCGAGCUUUGCGCGCAAGUUUGCAUUCAGUUCAAGAGUUUUUCGAUCGAAGAAAAAUAUGAGGGCAGUGUGCAGUCUGUCGAAUGGCCUGAUACUAGUCAAUUAUUCGAUGAAGCUGAGUUUGUAAUGAAGAAUCCUGUAGAUCGAGGAGGAUUUUUUCCUCACACUUUUGUCUGCCACCCGACAACGCAACGCACUUUAUUCACAACCAUCACAAAAAAACCUCCCUGAACCUCAGUAAUACACUGCUGUCAAACUACAAAAUUCGCCAACAUUUGACAAACUGAGCGAGACGAAAUAAUAGCAAUGAAGUUUGAAAAAGAGCAUGAAUGCAGUUUUAGGUGAACGUUUCGCUCCCUGCUCUCGCCUCACACCCCGCCGGGCGGGGCUAGAGGGUUUCGCACGCAAGAAUGCGCGUUUUUGGCUCUUCACGCCUUACGGUUUAAGAGAACUGAAGAAACUGGUUAAUUUUCAUCCUAGUAAAAACAAUGAACUGAGAAAUUGUUGCCCUGUUUCUUUUCUGCAGAGAAAGCAUUCAGUGUUGAUAGUGCUGAGGUUCUUAAGCAGUCAGCCACUAUUGUUGUAAGUGGAAAAAAGUCGGGUCAGUAUCAAUUUUGAAAAGAAUCAUUUCUUGAACUGAUUAAAAGAGCCAGUGAAGCCAAAUUUAAGCAGAGCACACAAUAAGCGUACACCUCCAUCAAUGGGUACUUCCUCAGAGCUGCUAAUAACAGUUAGUCAUCGGACAAAAUCCGACUUAACGCUUUCCCCUGUAUACUUCCUCCAGUCGGACAUUAUAACCUAACAGAUCGAAUUCCAUUGAUUUUCAUUUUGAAAAUGAAGAUUUGCUUGUUACUUUAAGAAACUAAAAGUCAAUGUAGAGUAUGACCGGCAACUUUUCUGGUUUUUCUGACUUAACUGACGACUUGGUCGGUUAUGUCCUUUGUAAAACGACAAAUUAUAUGCCUGUUUACGCGGGCACUAGGGACUGUUAGAUGGGUUACCAUAGAAUGGAGGCUAGUCAGUCACAGGGUUACCAGGUUUAUAAUUUUAUUCAAUAAGCUUCUCCAAGAAUUCACCCUUGCUUCCCAAUAUUCUUAAAAUAAUAAUAUUGCUUUCAUAUCAUCUUAUCAAAACCAUGGCCGAUAGAGGCUAACGACCAGAUAAAAUCAUGCUUUCGUUGAUUAUUUGUUUUCACUGUGUCUUUUUACAGGAAAACCUAAAAACAACUUGGUUAUUCCUCUGGCAGUAGGACUAACCAUAUUAUUUCUGUUCCUUGUUACUGUUUUGUUUCUGAUCUUUAGACGAACUAAAAGGUGAGUGCCGAGUCUCCUCCUGUUCUACGGUAAAUGAGCUAAUAAACGCCCGGGGCGUCUAUUUAAUUUUAGGGAUCCUAGCGUUUAACCCUUUAAGCCCCAAUGGUGACCAACACCAAUUUUCUCCUAACGAUAUCCAUACCUGGUUAAGAGAUAAGGUGAUGAGAAUUAAUCAAAUGAUCACUAAAAAGAAAAUGCUUUGAUCUUUUAUCAAAUUCUCUCAACUUAUUCUUUAAAGAAAUGUAUAGAGAUCAGUUUGGAGAAUUUGUAUGUGGAUAUUGGGGCUUAAAGGGUUAAUAGAUGGAGACGUUUGAAGGAGAGAGGUGUUCAUUCUCAUAACUGUAACAAGCUCAAUGAAACUAAUAUGCUUUCGGCAAAAAUAUCAAGAAAGUUUAACAAUAGCGGAAUAUCCACUCCGUCAGUUGAUACGUCUAGGCGGUCUAGUUAACAAUUAUUCCUCGAGGCCGAAUUGGCUCUGAGUCAAUAGCGGCCGAAUGGGCUAUUGACUCAGAGGCCAUGAGGGCAAGAGGAAUAAUUGUUUUAGUAAAAUCCAACUAGUUGGUCAAAAAUAUCGAGACAAAACAACUUUAGCUAGUUAAAGCUAGACUUCAAUCCUUUUUUGCCGCCAAAAAGCCGGCGCCUUUCGCUACUAGUGGGCUAUAACAUAUAGUCUGGUAGUAGCUCAACCAAUCAGAACGCAGCAUUGACAAUAGACCACUAGUUGGAUUUUACUAAAGAUCCAUAUCCCUCUUUCAAAUACCAACACCGAUGUCAGAAUCCUCGUUCAGGGUUAUUGUGUUACCAUCGUUAGACUAUCCUUACUUUGAACUGGAAAGAAUAAACUGAAUUAAUUAAAUGAUGUUGCCCCUUUUUGCUUAUUCCUAUUCUUUUGGAGUAAUUCUUAAAGGAAGCGUCUUUUAGACAGGGGGCACAUAUUAGAGAGAGGCGUCUAACACAAUUUUAAUAGCCUAGCGGGGGCUUUUGUUAGGUAAGAUAUAGAUAUUAGAUAUGUAUUUAGAAGUGCGGGUUUAUUAGGUCAUUUACGGUAUUUUAUUACUCAGUUAAUUCAAAGGGGACAGACUACAAAUUGCUGUUGCUCGAAAUAUCCUGAUGCCGUAACUGUUCGUUAGUAGAAUGCCUAAAAUGAUUGGACGUGUCACCCGCCUAGGUCAAAUUUAAUUCAGACAAACGAGAAGAUUUGUCGCGUUGACUAUUAUUUCAGCUUCAAAAUGAUGGUUUUAGGUAUUUGACAUCAUGUCCGACCAAAGCAGUAAAUUCAAUAGAAAAUAUAAAAAGUUGUUCGUGUUCCAUACAUUUUCUUUCCAACUUAGUUCGACGCUUAGUUAAAUUCAACCUUAACUUUGAUGCACCGUAGUCCGCCCGCGCGACUUAACUAAAUUAAGUUCUACGCCAGUAGCAGUUUGGUUCGUCUCAUGUUCGAACGUUCGAACCUAAAUACGAACCUAAUUCGAACGAACCUAAAUUCGUUCGAACCUAAAUUUGGUUUGAUUUGACGUUAUCUAGGAUACGAAACCAUUCAUUUAAGUUUGUUGAAGUUGAAGAGUUUGAGCUAGACGAAAUGGAUGCUGGCAAAGAAGAAGCUAAAUUGGAAAAACAAUACUCUUCUAGUCCAAGUAGUGAUAAAUCGGCGGUAUGUUGGCAUUAUUCAUAUGAUAGUAGAAUUCAUAUUUCUGUUGUCCGUUAAUAUGCCAUUUCCACGAUGGCAUCAUUCUACUCUUUUCAUAUUCAAAUAUGGUUAUCCCAGGGAGGUUUAAAUGAUAAAAGUCCUAAUUUGCACAAGAAAGCAAAACCCUGAAGGAUUAUGGUCGUUGUAGUAAAAUGACGUAAGCGUGCAAAUCAGGCCAAUUGAACAGUGAUUUGGCUGUUGGAUGACGCUUGGAUGGCGAUAUCGGGUCUUUUCAUGAUCUUGACCUACAAUCGUCGUCAAAAGUCUUAGGAAGGCUACUUCUUGUUAACUCAUUUUUUCUUCUUUCCCCCUCCCCUUCGCCCAAUGUUGGACAAUCCUUCAGUGUUUAUGCGUGUAAUUUGCUCUGCCAUAUCCCAACAUAGAAUAGGGGGACAGGGUGUAUUUAGCACAAAGGAAAACCAUUUUUUUUUCACUUUAAAGUGAACCGCUGUUAAAUUGUAGAACCUUCCCAACUACUUUUGUCCUGGAUUAUAGGUCGAAAGUGACCUAGCUAUAGGGUGGCGAUAUCGGGUCUUUUCAUGAUCCUGACCAAGGACGAAAGUGAUUUGAGUUCACUAUUGUCAGGGUUCUAUCUAGGGUAUUUAAGGGGUAGAAGCUUCCCCCCCAAAAUGCCCAGCCCCCCCCCCCCAAAAAAUAUUGUUAUCAUUACAGUAUAUAAGUAACUAUAUCGAAAAAAUCAUCAAGACGCGACGAGGUUAGUGCACGCACUAUAAUAUUUCUCAAAAUUGUGUCUCAAAAUGCACCAGAUUUCAUCCGGGGGUGGGGCGGACCCCUCUAGGACGCUUGUCGCCUUCGGCCACUCGGGACUUCUCCCCCGAAUGAUAAAUCCAAGAUAGAACCCUGAUUGUACCAUUAUAUCUAAUAGAAACUAAAGAAAACGUGAAAUACAAGGUCAGAGAAAAUUGUUGAAAGUUCGGUGAGAGUGUCAGACGCUGAUAAACUGGUAGACUGCCCCACGUGUUGGAGGGCCCAUCGACCCAACUCUCCAGACUACAAUGCUUGUCCAAUUUUGUUUCAGCAUUGGCUGAAAGCUGAACAUUUUUCAUGCUACACCGUCACGACUGACUUAUCUCUCUGUACUCUUUCCCUCCUUUCCCGAUGCUGAGUCUCGCGUUUUUUGCAAAUGGGUAGUACGUAAAUCAACAUUGUGGAGGGCGUAACGUACCGCCGAAGUGUUCCAACAAACUUGACGACUGUAGUAGCCAGCGGUCGCUGUCAUAACCAUGCCAGUCUGUGUUGUUAAACAGUGAUCAGGGCAGGGCUACAGUUUACCCGUGUUGCUGGAAGUUGGCCCAGACGCUUCACUAUAAUCUUUCGCUAAAAAUUAAAUUAUUGAUGUUUUAUUUUCCAGCUGGUGAUGGCUAACCCACUCUAUGAAAGUGCAGAAAAUGAAAAGGAGUAAACGCUAGUUUGCGCCCAAUCUCGUCAAAUUAGUUUAUAAUUUUUAAGAGCCACUGAAAGAUCUUUGUUGUUUCAGAGGUAAAUUAAAGUUAAAGCACGAUUGAAAAACACGUGACAUCUUCUUACAGAUAUACUUUGGUUUAAACUUACAUUCUUCAGAAUUGAUGCAAUGUACAAUGCAAGGGUAAGUUCUGUACAUGGCUUUAAAAGGUGCCUCAUUUAAAAAAAGGGUACUGUCCCUCCGUUAAAAUUCGAUAGAAG